AUGAAUGAGGCGAAGAAGCCACUGCCGAAGGAUCCAUCCGGCACUCCAUCAUCCGCCCCUACGGUCGCAGAGUUGAAACAGUCCGAUGAGCAACUGAAAACCUCCAAGACGGGAGCGACGCUGGUCGACAAGUCGGAGGCUCUUGAUCAUGCUAGUUUGACUGAAUUGGCCGCUGGUAAGGCGGCCGCGGAUAAUGCCCGGACAACUUCUACGUCGGUCGCGAACAAGAAGGAGGAGGCCAAGAAGCUCACCCUGGGCCAAAAAAUUAAAAAGGAAGUUCAACACUAUUGGGACGGCACCAAGCUGCUGGCCGCAGAAGUCAGUAUCUCGACGAAACUCGCGUUAAAGAUGGCCGCUGGCUACGAGCUCAGCAGACGGGAGCACAGACAGCUUCAAAGAACAGUUCAAGACUUGGCUCGUCUGGUGCCUUUCUCCGUCUUUAUCAUCGUCCCAUUUGCUGAACUUUUGUUACCUGUGGCGUUGAAACUCUUCCCUAACCUUCUUCCGUCCACCUUUGAAGGCCAGAAAUCCCGCGAAGUCAAGGCAGCGCAUUUGAGAGAGACCCGCAAGCAAGUUUCGUCCUUCCUACGGGAUACUCUUCGAGAAACUGGUCUACCUAUUUCGGCGCUUAAUGCGAAGAAAGAGGAAUUCACCGAGUUCUUCCGCAAGGUUCGCACCACCGGGGAGUCGCCUUCGAAAGAGGAUGUGAUCAAAGUGUGCAAGAUUUUCAAGGACGACUUGACUUUGGACAAUCUUUCCAGACCACAGCUCGUCGCCAUGUGCAGGUACAUGAACCUCAACAGUUUCGGAACAGAUGCCAUGCUCCGAUAUCAGAUCCGCCACCGCAUGCGACAGAUCAAACGCGAUGACAAGGCAAUUUCAUUCGAAGGUGUUGACUCACUCUCGGUCCCCGAACUACAGAUGGCGUGUGCUUCUCGUGGCAUCCGAACGCACGGAGUGUCACCAGGAAAGCUGCGGGAAGAUCUUCAGGGAUGGCUCGACCUCCGGUUGAAAUACAAUAUUCCGUCGACUCUCCUGGUCCUUAGCAAUGCCUACAUGUACACCAUUGGCAAGGAUAGCGAGAUUGAUUCACAAAUCGACGCUCUCCAGGCGGUACUAAGCAGCAUUCCCGAGGAGUUGUUCCACGAGAUCGAGCUAGAAGUUCACAACGCUGAAGGCGCCGCAACCAACAAGCAACGUCUCGAGGUUCUAAAGGAGCAGCAAGAACUCAUUGAGGAAGAAAAUGAGCAAGCCAAAUCAACAGAGUCCGCCGAAAGCAAGAGCGCAAGUCAAGGUGUCAAGGACGACAAGGACAUUGACGAGAAGCCAAAGCCCAAAGCCGUUGCUGAAGCGAAGGAAGCGCAGCCUUCCCCAUCCAACGACGCUCAGGAGGCCGAGAAAGAUGCCGCCGAACAAGGAAAGAACGAAGAAAUCAGACAAGAAAAGGAUGUGAAGAAGGACUGA